UAUAUAUAAACCAUGCAAUUCCAAUUUGCCGGAAACUCAAAAACAAAAAACAACCAAAAGCAAAAACAAAAGCUCUGAAGCUUGCUUGAUUGCUCAUCAAUGGCGGAGCUAGAGGAUUCAACUGUCAUGGCGAAGCUAAUCGAUUUCCUUUCUUGUCUUCUUCAACGAGUGGCCGAAUCCAACGAUCGAAACCUCUCUGUUAAUCUUCAACCUCACAAAAUCUCUGCCUUCCAUGGCUUAACUCGCCCCUCCAUUUCCAUCCAAAGCUACUUAGACAGAAUCUUUAAGUACGCCAAUUGUAGCCCUUGUUGCUUCGUCAUUGCCUACGUUUAUCUCGAUCGCUUUGUUCAAAGACAACCCUCUUUGCCUAUCAAUUCCUUCAAUGUUCAUCGCUUGCUUAUCACUAGCGUUCUUGUUUCUGCCAAAUUUAUGGAUGAUACGUAUUACAACAAUGCAUAUUAUGCAAAAGUAGGAGGGAUCAGCACAACAGAAAUGAACUUUCUUGAAGUGGAUUUUCUGUUUGGUUUAGGCUUUCAUUUGAACGUCACUCCCACCACUUUCCAUUCUUAUUACUCAUAUCUUCAAAGACAAAUGCUUCUGCUUCAGCCUCCUUUGACGAGCAGUGCUUCUACAAAAUCAGAUCUGCUGCUUACUUCAUCAAGAGCUCUAAAAUCCCAUUUCUGUUUUGAUGAAGAUGAAGCUUCCCAUAAGAAGCAACAACUUGCAGCUGUUUGAACAAAUUCAAACCCAAAAUUUGGAAUUCAAACUUUGGAGAAUUAUGGGCAUAAAUUCCUCAGCCCAAAUGGAGCAAAACCCAGGUUUCAAAAAUUGGAUUCUCUCCAGUUUUAAGCAUGAAUUGGUUCUGUUGUUUGCCUGAUUAGAAUAGUAACAUAUUCAGUCACUGACUGGAUGAGUUUGUAAUGUAUGUAUCUCUCACAUAUACACACACCAACACAGCUUUGCAAUUUUGACUAUGGCAGAUCUUUGUUCUGUUUCUUUUCUCUUCUGUUUGUGGGGUCUUGAUUUUGAAGUUCUGUACAGAUGAGAUUCAUUAGUGUUUUAAAAGAUUUUGCAGCUUUUUGAUGUAAAUGUUGUGGUUAUUAUUAGGUGGCACUUGAAAUCCUUGGA